AUGAAAAAAUCGCGUGGAGACAAGUACCGUGAUGCAACGGAGUCAAAGAAAGAUGCAAAGAAAGAUCUUAACGAGCUUAAACAAGAGCUCGCAAUGGAUGAGCAUCAGAUAUCCUUGGACGAACUCUAUGCACGUCUUGGGACAAAUCCGGAGACCGGUCUUACUAGUGAGCAAGCAAAGACCCGUUUAGAUCGUGAUGGUCCAAAUGCUCUAACACCACCAAAAACUACCCCGGAAUGGGUAAAGUUUUGCAAGAAUAUGUUUGGUGGUUUUUCGCUGCUUUUGUGGAUUGGUGCUGUUCUCUGUUUUAUUGCUCAUGCAAUUCUUGCUGGAGUCCAGGAAAACCCAACUAAUGAUAACUUGUACCUUGGCAUCGUGUUGGCCGCCGUCGUCAUUAUCACUGGUUGCUUUUCCUACUAUCAGGAAUCCAAGUCGUCGAAAAUUAUGGAGUCCUUUGCCAAGAUGGUCCCACAAUAUGCGGUGGUGAUUCGUGGAGGACAAAGGAUUGACGCUCCUGCAGAGGCUCUGGUCGUCGGUGACAUAAUUGAAGUGAAGUUUGGCGAUCGCGUUCCAGCUGAUAUCCGUGUGAUCAAAGCGAGUUCCUUCAAGGUUAGCAGUUCAUUUACAUUUUGGCACCCUGCCAAGCCAUCAAGGACUACAUUGGGUUCCAGUUUGCUUUGA